CUAGCGGGCGAACUCGCCCGUACGGGGCUCAUGGCUUUGAAAUUAUUUUCUGAGAUGAAGGAUGCUUCCUUCUCAUCUCUAACCCUCUACCUCAAGAGGUCGCAGUCAGAGUAUACCAGACCACCGGCCUUUGACACAAUACUGAAUCCGUCCUCAAGAUGGCUUCCUCACAAAGCCAGUCUUUCGGUCAAUCGCCGCCUCUCUCCUCGGUCGCUGGCCCUACCUAUGUAACGGCACAGACUCUCGUCCAACAGGUAGCCUAUACAUUGUCGGACAAGAUCUUCUCCUACUCUCCUGAGACCUUCGACCUCGAUAUCGCGGCUCGAGCGUGGGCAGAGGCGCAAGAGACGAAUGCAAACGGGUACAAGACUGCUGUGCAGUCGAUGCAAAUACGGAAUGGAGCAGGGUCAAUUGCCUUGGGUUACAUGUUCUCCAAGGACUUUGACCUGAAGAAAAGACACAUUCCGCAAGGACUUCUCGCCCCAUCGUCGGCACUGACCUUCCUGAGACCUGUCCUCGACCAGCUCUCGCUCCUGUAUUCUGUCAGCAAUCCCUUCGUUGCGCACAUUGCAGCCCUAGAUUAUGAGGGCGAGAAGAAUGGUGAACUGGUCUCCGACUACGCAUCAGCCCUGUCCACAGCCGAGGACCUGGGCUUGGGCUUAGUCGCAUCCCAGUCUGCACAUGAGGCACAACACAUGUCACUGCUUGCUACUCUUCUGGCGCGAGAUCUGCCGACACUCCAUGUGUACGACGGCCUACGGGUUGGUAGAGACACGACAAGAGUCAUCGACAUCCUCGACAAGUCCGGUCUCGGGGCUGCAUACCAAUCUGUGCUGGAGUCGAUAUCAGACGAAGACCGAAAGCACUUAAGUCCCGAAGGUAAAGCCUUGAAGACUCUCCGAGCUCUCAACGAGGAGCUAGGGACGGACUACAAAGCAUUCGAGUACUUUGGUCAUGAACAACCAGAAGUAGUUCUUGUGGCUUUCGGCUCUGUUGAGUCUUCUUUGGCUGCUCAAGCUGCUACUGCCCUGGCACGAUCCGGUAACAGAAUUGGCACCAUUAAUGUCAGACUUUAUCGGCCAUUUGCAGAGGAGCAAUUCUUGCACCUCCUUCCUAUUGGCGUUAGGGUAGUCGGUGUCCUCGGUCAGGUCCUUGACGCACAAGCUGUCCAGGAUGCCGGCCUUCACUCCCAGCUCUACGAGGACGUUCUCGCUUCAGUUUCUUACGGGACUUCCAUCCAGAAUACCCCAGAGGUUCGUGAACUGAAGUACGCUCGUGCCGAGCGGUGGACACCUUCGUCCAUCUCCGCCACUUUCCAGAUGCUUCUGGGCAAGCCAGCGGACGACCAAGGUGUAACUACGUUCCUGGAUGAUUCGGUGCAACAAUACACAUUCUGGAACGCCGACGAUGCACCAUCAGCAUCAGCAGCCACUUACCUGGCGCAGGCUCUGGCCAAGGAUUCCGCGCAGAAUGUUACCGUCAACACCACCCACGACAACCUUCUCCAGGGUGGAUCGUACAGAAUCGAAAUACGUAAAUCACCCAAGACCAUCGACGCCUCAUAUCCUAUCUCGUCGGCAAACACCGCCGUUGUUACAGAUGUGAAGCUUCUGGAGAAAGUCGACGUGUUGAAGUCUGUUUCAAAAGGAGGGAACCUCCUCCUGCUCCUUCCUGGGGUCAAGGACGAAGAUGUUGAGAAGAAAUUGCCAGCAGCCUUCAAGAAGUCCGUCGCUGAAACCGGUGUCGGAUUGUACUUGAUCAAUCCUGGAAACACGGCUCUCAACACAGAGAAUAGUUCUGAGCUUGAGUCCCUCAUGCUGCAGACUGCCUUCCUCCGAGUGGCGUUGGGCAAAUCCGAAGAGAUCGGUCUGCAGAAACUCGCCACGAUCAAUAGCGAUAUCAAACUCCUCGAGGAAGUCGCCAGUGACCUCGAAAAGACGCUUCGCCAGAUCGAGGUUCCCAAGGAGUGGGCCGAGGUGGAAGUCGAACCAACCAAAGAAGCACUCCCAACGGACAUGCUAUCAAACAGCUUCGUUUCCUUCGACAAGACUGAAGAGGAGCCACCGUCUGUCCUGCGCAGCUGGCAGAAAGCCGCCAAAGGACUUCUGUUCAAAGAAGCAUACAGUACUGAGAAUGCGCUGCGGCCUGAAUUGCCAACCAAGACGUUUACGGUUCAUGUGAAGGAAAAUAGACGCCUGACACCAGUCACUUACGAGCGAAAUAUCUUCCACAUCGAAUUUGACCUCGGCACAUCCGGUCUCAAGUACGACAUUGGAGAAGCCCUUGGCGUCCAUGCCGAAAACGACCAUGACCAAGUUAUGGAUUUCAUUAGAUGGUAUGGUCUCAACCACGAAGAUGUCGUUGAGGUCGCUUCCAGAGAGGACCCGGCUAUCUUUGAGAACCGGACAGUCUACCAGGCUUUGUUGCAGAAUGUCGACAUUUUCGGAAGGCCGCAAAAGAAAUUCUACGAGGCACUAGCUGAUUUCGCCGAUGAUGAGAACGAGAAGAAGGUCCUGCUCACUCUUGCCGGACCGGAAGGUUUCAAGGAGUUCCAACGACGCGCGGAAGUCGACACUGUUACGUUUGCCGAUAUCCUGCUCGAGUUCCCGUCUGCGCAUCCCUCUUUCCACGAAAUCGUGCGCAUUGUCCCGCCCAUGAAGCGUCGCGAGUAUUCGAUCGCUUCGUGCCAGGCUGUUACGCCGACCUCAGUCGCGCUGAUGGUCGUCGUGGUGAACUGGGUUGACCCGAAGGGCCGUGACCGCUUCGGUCAAGCUACCAAAUAUCUCAGCAGUCUGAAGGUGGGAACGUCGGUGACAGUCAGCGUCAAGCCCUCUGUCAUGAAGUUGCCGCCUAAGUCGACGCAGCCUAUCAUCAUGGCUGGUCUUGGUACCGGUCUCGCUCCAUUCAGAGCGUUCGUGCAACACCGUGCCAUGGAAAAGGCUCAAGGAAAAGAAAUUGGUGCCGUCCUGCUGUACAUGGGAUCCCGCCACCAGCGCGAGGAGUACUGCUAUGGUGAAGAGUGGGAAGCGUACCAGGCUGCUGGCGUUAUCACACUGCUAGGACGUGCAUUCAGUCGAGAUCAGCCCCAGAAGAUCUAUAUCCAGGACAGGAUGAGGCAGACCCUGGACGAUAUCACCAAGGCAUACAUCAAGGAGGAAGGUGCUUUCUAUCUCUGUGGUCCAACGUGGCCUGUGCCUGACGUGACGAAUGUGCUCGAGGAGGCCAUUGCUAAGGAAGCGAAGGCCAGUGGUGCGAAGAAGGUCGACCCGAGCAGAGAGAUCAUGAAGCUGAAAGACGAGGGACGAUACGUGCUUGAAGUUUAUUAGAGAGUUUGCCAAAUGUUCAGCAUGGCGUCGCUGUCAUGGUGCAUGGGAUAGAUACUGAAAUGAAUCUGCAUACAUGGGCACGUGACCAUGUGUAAACAAGCUUGCCUGUAUUGUCUAGUCACGUGCCUAGCGCUUUCUGUUAAUCAAACAUUGAUUCCUUC